AUGAACGCCAUGCGCGACACCGGGAAGGAUCCCUUCCUCCGCGACGCGGGGCUCACGGCGCGGGGCAAGGCGCAGGCGGAGGAGGCGUCCAAGAGCCUCGCUGGGCUGCGCCAGGAAUUGGGCGAUGGCCACGACUGGCUGCUGCUCAGCUCUCCUUUGCAGAGAGCGCUGGACACGGCCGCAGGCAUUUGGCCCGAUGCCUUCUACCACAAGGCAGCGCGCCUGGAAGUCUGGCCUGAGCUUCGAGAGGUGGUCACUGGUUGCGACGACUUGGGCUCCACACCGCAGCAGCUGCUUUGGAAGUACCCCCACCUCGCUGAGAAGCUGAGGCUGCUGCCAGAGGUGUGGUGGACGCUGCCUAAAUCAUUCCAGGAAAUAUCCCCAGAUGGCGAUGCCUUGCGCGACGCCUACCGCAGUGACCCUGAUGCUUUCGAGGAUGCAGACGAAGCGAUCUUCGAGGAGCGCCUGGAGCAACUGGUGGAGAAGCUGGCCGCAGUGCCAGAGAGGAAAGUGGUGGUGGUUGCCCACUGUGACCUCAUCGGCAACCUCACCCAAAAGCUGGGGCUGAAGGAUGAUGCUGGAUUGCUACAGGUCAAGACGGAGAAUCGUCCACCAGAAGCUGCUGCCCCAUCUCGUGCCAGGUCCGGGUUCAUCGACAUGGGUGUAGCAGGACCCUUCCCAGGCACCUCCGAGUUGCACCAGCUAGCCUUGAGCGCAGCCGCGGAUUUCGAGGAGUUGAUAAGGAGGCGUCAGAAGGUCCAGCAAGCAGAUUUGAAGGCACGCAGGUCCGAAGAUCCUUGGGCGCUGGGAAGAGCAGAAUACCAUCCUGGAGCUUGGUGGGUCCGUUCAAGUUGGGCAUAUGAACCACGUGUGCUGGAGCUGGCCAGUCAUCCGGAGAUCCUGUCAGUAGUGACAGACCUCUUGGGACCGAAUGUCAUGUUCUACGGCGCGGAAGUUCUUUCACGACAUGCUGGGGAUGUACACUGGUGGCAUUCUGAUUCUGAAUCAGCAGGGUGCAACCAGACUGCCACGGUCUAUUUGGCGCUCGGUGGCUUCACCAACGACAAUGGCUUGCAGGUGGUGACACAUUCGCAUCAGAUGGGUACUGGCUUGCUGACGAAGGGCUUGCGGCCUUUCAUGACAAAAGACACAGAGCAUGACUUUGGUGCGCGCAAUUUCUCCAUCAUGGGCAUUGAGCUUGCCAGCGAAGUCAGCAAGGAGUUGAAAGUGAGCGCUGAAGCGAAAUGCUUGCACAUGGCAGACCAGGAUUUUGUUUUGUUUCAUGGCCGGGCUUGGCAUGGGACGGUCUUCCCAAAGAAUGAGUCCGGAGAGAGGCGGGUAUUUCUCCUGCAAUACGCCACUCCAAGUUGCCAAAUACGAGCUCCACAUGCUGCAGACAGAGCCGAGAACAGCCCCGUAAUGCCAAUUACCAUGAUGGUAAGUGGCACGGCGCAAGGCGAUGAAGCCUACACGAACAACUUUGUGAGUGUCAGGGAUGCCGCCGAUGGUCCUGUGAGUGAGUGGUCGGACAUGAACUUGCUCUCUGGGGCCGGGGGAGGACAGCAUGAGACUAGCCUUUGGCACGUCGAGAAGAGCAAGUUCAGCAUAAUGCCAUAUAACAACGAGAUCACAUACUACGAGGACUACAAGAGUGACACACCAGUUGCCGGCUACCUCUUUGACUGGCGACACCGAGCUGGCGUGCCCGCUGCAAACGAUGAACCUGCCAGCUUUCUGAGCUAUAUGAGGCAGCCGCGGCUGUUCCCCUUUCGAAAAGGGCGCAAGCUUUGGGAGGUGAUGUUGGGCCAAACUUGCAACGGGCACGUGAUGAUUCACUAUGACGAGGGCGAGAAAAACAGCCUUCCGCACAAGAUGCACUCUCAUGAGAACUCGGAGUUGGUGUAUGUGGUGCACGGAGGUCUUCAAAUCAUCAAAGCCCAUGAUAACCACUCGCUGCCGCAGAUGCUCCAGCUGGAGCCAGGAGACAUCCACUUCAGCCGGAUGAAUGGAGAUGAGGGCCACACACAACGUUGCAGCAGGAGCCGAGGUGCUGAGCUCAAGGCUUCCCCCCUCACCACCACGUGGAGCGAGCCGGGCGGGAUUGCGAAGCAGCUCAAUGGGAGCCAGGACGACGCAGUUAUGCCGGGAGAUUUUCCAGCUGAUGGAAGUUGUGGCUUCUAUUCCAUCAGCUGGUUCAUGCACAAGAAUAAGUCGAGGGAAGAGCUGCGCCAGUGCUACUCGGAGCACACCCCGGAGGAUUUUCAAAAAUGCAUUGGACUUCGGCGGGGUGAGCAGUGUAAGCCUUACACGGACUACAAGCAGUCGCUCCUCCACUUGCGCUUGGACCAGAAGCAGUACAGGAACGCGGGCGCUUCUUUCAAAACGCAUUUCUGCGGCCGCACGUGCAGUCCUAAACAUGGACCAAGUGGCAUGGAGCUUCACACCGCCAUUUUUGACAAGGGCGAGGUGCUGGAGUCUCAUCGGGACACACACGAAGUGAUUCUGAUUGUGCAAUCCGGUGCACUUCAGCUUGACGGGCCUGGAUUUGUUGACACGCAGGGGAAGCCCCUCGUCGCGCGCGCAAACGACAUUGUGUUCAAGCCCGCUGGCUGGAAGUUGGGCUUCACAUCCCUUGAGAAGUCCCAGCACAUUGCGAUUGAGCUUCAUCACGGGGCCUGGGCGCCAUAG